AUGAUUAGACACUCAAUUGCUAAGACCCUAUUAACUAGAGUCAGUUCUACUAGAACUCUUUAUUGCGGAUGUCGCUUAUUAGCCAAAGGAGAUUCUGCUCCCAUGGAUUCAAUUAGAUUACCAUCCCAAACUUCAAUCAAUGAAUGGGAAUUCAGAUAUGAUUUUAUCCCUAAAACCCAUACUCCCAAAGCUCCGGCGCUCACCGAUGAGGCAAUUAAACAAGAUAUUGCUCAGGAGAAAUUAGCCAGCGUUGAACAAGAAUUGUUUAAUUUAGAAGCUGGCAAGACGAUGAAAGUAGAAGCUAAUGAGGCUACUGUUCUUAGAGGUGGGGUUAAUGUUCAAAAUGCUCCUGAAACACUUGAAUACAAGGCUAGUAAACCUAUUGAUGUUCAUUUGAAGUCGGCAGCAAAAAAGAAUGAAGGUAAGGAUGAAAAGAGAGCGGAAAGAUUGAAAUAUACCCAGACUUCUAUUAAUCCGGAAAUUAAUACUGGGGAUGUUCUUAAUGUGGGUGGUGCUGAUGUUGCUGCACCAAAGGGUUAA